UUUAAAACAUAAUAGUAUCGGGAAUGGCCUUGGAAAAUGUCCUUUCCUUAGCGAUCUCUGAUAAAAGCAACUAUUGGAAGUUUCCUGGUAGGGGCGUUGUCUUCUCCUCUCUCCCUACGUUGCAUCUUGUAUUUUAUCGAAACUACAUAUACAUAAAACAAGCCUGGUUCAAUUGCUCCUUAGCAGGAUUCGACUGAAGGUUAAGUAACUACGGCUCUUGGUUAAUCCCGCGUAAUCUGCUUUUACUAAAUGGACGUUCACAUUCGAAGCACAUGGAGGAUGCGUGCCGGGGAUCUGAAGUUGUCGGUUUCAUUUCCAGUGUCUUUUAUAGGGGAUCAUGCUUUUAUUUCCUUAUCUGUGCAUCGCACUUGGCUUUAUCGAUGAAGCGGACGGCUUUUGUCCUACAGAGUGCACCUGUAUCGCCCAUGGUACUGGGACAAGAUCAGUGUUGUGUAAUGACCCAGAUAUGUAUGAGAUUCCCACGAACGUUCCUGUGGAUACCGUGAAGCUCCGGAUAGAAAAGACCGCCAUACGCAGGUUACCCACCGAAGCCUUCUAUUACCUCGUUGACCUCAAGUACCUCUGGAUAGCCUACAGUUCCGUGACCGGCGUCGACACCGGCAGCUUUUAUAACCUCGGGCGGCUCCGCGAGUUGCGUCUGGAUGGGAAUCUGUUGGCCACUUUCCCUUGGGAAUCUCUGCUGGAGAUGCCCAAUCUAAGGACCUUGGAUUUGCACAACAACAAACUGGUCAGCCUGCCGCCCCAAGCCUCCAGGUUCCUGAAGAACCUCACCUACCUGGACGUCUCGAGCAACAGGCUGACCACUCUCCCGCCUGACCUCCUGGAUGUCUGGCCUCCUUUCUCCGAGUCGGCCUCAGGUGGAGUCCAAGCCCUCCCGCCGCCAAGAAUCGUUCUCGGUUUGCAGGAUAAUCCGUGGUUCUGCGAUUGUCGACUUUCCAAAGUGAUCGAACUGUCGAAAACCAUCGACUCUACAAUAGUGCUUCUUGAUCCCCUCCUGAUUUGCGGUGGACCUGAGAGUUUAGCAGGAAUCUCCUUCCAAAAGGCAGAGUUGGAGCAGUGUCUGAGGCCGUCGGUGAUGACCUCGGCCACUAAAAUCACCUCUCCGCUGGGAAGUAACGUUCUACUGCGCUGCGAUGCCACAGGGUAUCCCACCCCGCAGCUCAUCUGGAUCCGCUCGGACAAUUUGCCGGUGAACUACCCAGUAAUUCAGGAAACCCCCGAAGAGGGAGUCAGAUGGUCCAUAAUAAGCCUGACUGGAAUUUCUUACAAGGACGCAGGGGAAUAUCGAUGCAAAGCCGAGAACCUGGCCGGGAUGUCAGAGGCUGCCGUCACCGUCACCGUGGUAGGGGUGAUCACCACAACCCCAUCGCCCCGGAGGUACGGGAGGAGAUUCGGAGCCGACGGGCGGAGCCCCCCGAGAGAGGAGGCCAAGCAAGAAGCAGAGAAAACUUCAUCCGUCCCUAAGUCUCUGUCACCUCCGGCCUCUUCCUUUUCCUCUUCUUCUUUACCCAUUUCCUCCUCCUCCUCCACCAGUGCCACGCCAACACCUGUCACCGCCGAAACACCGUCGAGCACCGAGACGGCUAGCCGAAGGCCACCCAAGACGAGCCCGAGGGGAGAAGAGCAACUGGAGUCGAUCCCCAGUGGCAACCAGCUGGCUCCGGGCAGCGCAAGCGAGGAAGAGGAAGAGAGAGAGCUGCCGAAUUCAGCGGCAGCAUCAAGCGACGGGCCGAACGUCGCCGUCAAAAACCUCAAGGUGGUGAGCGAGACGGACGAAAGGGUAACCUUGACUUGGAGGGCUAGCGGCACCACAGAUAGCCCCGCCGUGACCGUGUUCUAUUCCAGAUACGGGGAAGGAGACAUGUUACCUCUGAGCACAGACCCCAGCAAGAGCAAAAUUACCAUCGACGGCUUGAAGCCCGGGAUCCGGUACGUGGCCUGCGUCUGUCCCAGAGGAGCCGCGCCCCGAAAAGACCAGUGUGUCAUUUUUUCUACCGACCAGAUGAACGAAGAGAGCGGUGGUCCGGUUUCUUUGCUCGCCGUGGCAAGCGGUAUCGCCUGCGUCCUUGUCUUGCCACUGAUCUUUGUCCUGCUCUACAAAGUUUUUCAACUGCAGCGCAAGCCCAAGUCCGGGAGGGAGGAGGACCUGGAAAGGGAGAGCUACAUCCAGUUUGAGACCCUGUCCGUCAAACCCCGACCCUUCGGGGAGGGAGGAGAGCUCUGGACUCGAAGGGAGCCGGACGAAUCCCAAAGACUCCUGCUCUGUUCUAGGUUAAGUGUGGAUUCGCAGAUGACCUGCAAAAGCGAAACUGCCAGAUCUCACUACUACUGCUGAUUUUUCUUAUCUGCCUCCGACACUGGGGUCGCAAGCGGGAGCGUACACCUGUUUCGAAUGGAGGGGAGGAUUAGCUAUUAGGUCGUAGCGUUGUUCCCAGAGACCGAGAGAUGAAACCGGACAGUCGUAGGAAAACGUAAUGGCGGUUCUACCAUUUUAAUGUUUUAUCUUGAGACUUCCGAAUUGAAGGAAACUGUUAUUUCUCGGCCGGGUCUGCUGCGGUUUUGCGGGAUGAAGAGGCUGUGCGAAUGUUUUGCGUGGUGUUGGGUGAUGCUUUAAUAUACUAUUUUGGUGUUUUCUUGGCAGAAGUAAAAUGAAUUCAGGUCACUUCAGCCCGUGGCAUAGCUCUGAAAGUGAAAUUUCAUCGAAAAAGUAUUUUUCAGGCCCUUGGGAAAACACUGUGAUAGCUAUUUUAAAUCGAUUAAAACACUAUUCCAAGUGAA